CCGUGCGCGCACUCGCUCGCUCGCGCCGGGGAAAACGUUGCGCAGGUUCAAAAAUGGAACGUCGGCGGCGUGAGGGAGCGCGAGGGGGUGUGCGCGCGUGCGUGUGCGCGUGCGCGCCCGGGCGAGGGUGACGGGGACCCCGCCGGCCCGAGCAUCGCGCGCCGCAGCCGCGGCCCCGCAGCUCCGCCCCCGGCCCGGCCCCGGGCCCGCUUGCCCGCCGCCCCGCAUGGAGCUGUCAGCCAUCGGCGAGCAGGUGUUCGCCGUGGAGAGCAUCCGGAAGAAGCGCGUGCGGAAGGGUAAAGUCGAAUAUCUGGUGAAGUGGAAAGGAUGGCCCCCAAAGUACAGUACGUGGGAGCCAGAGGAGCACAUCCUGGAUCCCCGCCUCGUCAUGGCGUAUGAGGAGAAGGAGGAGAGAGACCGCGCGUCGGGGUAUAGGAAGAGAGGCCCGAAACCCAAGCGGCUUCUGCUGCAGCGGCUGUACAGCAUGGACCUGCGGAGCUCCCACCAGGCCAAGGGCAAGGAGAAGCUCUGCUUCUCCCUGACACGCCCACCUGGCAGCGGGAGCCCCGAGGGGGUGGUCAAGGCGGGGGCGCCUGAGCUGGUGGACAAGGGCCCCUUGGUGCCCACCCUGCCCUUCCCGCUCCGCAAGCCGCGCAAGGCCCACAAGUACCUGCGGCUCUCACGCAAGAAGUUCCCGCCCCGCGGGCCCGGCCUGGAGAGUCACAGCCAUCGACGGGAGCUCUUCCUGCAGGAGGCCCCGGCCCCAGACAUCCUGCAGGCGGCCGGCGAGUGGGAGCCCACUGAGCAGACCCCCGAAGAGGACGCAGAUGCUGACCUGGCUGAUGGGCCCCCUCCCUGGACCCCUGCGCUCCCGCCGAGUGAAGUGACAGUGACUGAUAUCACUGCCAACUCUGUCACCGUCACCUUCCGCGAGGCCCAGGCAGCUGAGGGCUUCUUCCGAGACCGCAGUGGGAAGUUCUGAGUCAUCAUUUUUACUCUUAAACUGUUUUCUUUCGGGCUUGGGGUGGGGAUUUCCAGAGAUGGGGAGGGGGUGGAAAUGGGUAAUUAUUUUAUUUAAAAAAAUACCAAAACAGAACUAAGGGGUCAGACCCCACCACUCUCCCACCCCCUGCCCCUUUCUCUCUGAGUGGUGUUUACAGAGUGGUCUCGGGCCCGUUUGUGGGGAGUGGGGUAGGGCGGCCUGGCGUUGCCUGUCAGUUGGGAUGCCAUCGCCAGGGCAGCAGGGCUGGGGCCACCGUCCCCUGGACAUCUGUCACCAUCCCUCCCCCGAGACACAGCAGCUGGCCCUGGGCAUUAAAGGAGACUUGGAAGGCCCAAACCCUCUGCCUUGAGCAGCUCCCUGGCCUUCUGGUUAGUUUUUCUUUCUUUUUUUUUUGAUUGGAUCUUUAUUUUUAACUUCCCAUUUGAGCUUUGGGGUGGGAUGGUGAGGCUGGUUUUGGCCAGGAGUGACAGAUCAGAGAGAAGGGGCUGGAGGGAGGCGGCUCCGACUGAGACCCCCAUGGUGGCCCAGGCUGGAGCCUUGUGCUGAGAGCCCCCCUGGCCUGCACAGAAACACCCACGCGCACCCCAGCCGCCCCUCGUGUAUGUAUACAGGUGCGUCCAGGUGAAUGUGGGGUGACUUGCAACACACAGGAACUCACCACAGGCACCCCGCGCUCACCCCACCUUGCACAGCACAUCGCAUGCUAGUUCUGGGCACAGCUGUCAGCGGAGGGCAGGGGCCAGCGCUGAGGGGUGCUCUGGGGCCCAGGCGUGCGGGCGGGUGCUGGGUUUCACUGGGCGGGGCCACAGGUGGGCCAGCACAACCUGGCGGGUCCAAGGCCCUCCCGCCUGCCCCAUCCCUCCUGCCCUGAGGGGUUCUUGUUCUUUCUGACUCAGGUGACUUCCAGCCCUCCAGCUUCCCUGUUUUUUUACCCUCCCCCCAGCUCAGCCAACCCAGAUGCGGGUGUGGGCAGUCAGGGAGGGAGCGUCCCGCCACCUUCUCAGGGCAGCACUUGACUCCUUCCAUUCUGCAUCCCAUCCAACCCAAAUCCCGCAGCUGAGGCUGACCUGGUUUUCCAAGGGGAGGGGGUUCUGCCACGUUUUCCUGGGGGCGGGGAGGGGGGCUGCAGUGUGUGAUGAUCAGGCUGGGCACAAGCCCAGGCCCUGGCAAGGGUUCUGUCUGCCCGGUGGGGGCACUUGCUUUCUAAUUUGCACUAAGGUGCCCUGUGGGCUGGUAGCUUCCCUACCAGUGAGGAGCAACUUCUCCCCUAACCCAGCCCCAUCCAGGAGAGAAGCCCGGGGUGGGGGGGUCACCAGAAGAGGCUGUAAAAAAGGUCCCCGCCCUCCCCGUUGUCUGAACGUAGGGUGUGGCCUGGGGCCCCGCCUUGCCCUUCCCCGAGAACUUCUGACUUCGCAGCCUCAGGAAGUCAGCAAAACCUCUGUAGAGGCAAGGUUUGGGUGAUUCUUCACUCACACCCCUUCUUGAGCUCCCAAGCCAAAGACAGCUUGCACCCCGUUUCUGUUUCGGGUGCCCUGUUGGUAAGAUCCCCAAUCCCUGAGUCUCCAUCUCUCCUUCUUCCUUAACCUCAGUUGUCCAGGGUCAAUUCAGUGCUUCCACGGGGGGUCGGUCCCCUUCAGGGUAACCUGACUCACCCCCCAGCCCGGGGAGUUCAGUCCAAGGGAGUGUAUGUGGCUGGGUCAGGGAAAGGAAGAGGCAGCGGGAAACCCCACCCACCCAGCUGUGGGACCCCAGGGAGGGGGAGGAGAAACUUGCAGUUGGGGGAGGGGCUAUUCUAGAACAAAAUCUCCCCGCAGAGAUGGAGGAGACAGGAGAUGAGGCUGGGAGGGCCCCGGAGUUCCCAGGCUCCCGGCCCCCUCCCUGCCCUGCUGACUGCUGGGGCCUGGAUGGAGGGAGGGGGGGCAGGGGUCUCCAGGCGCGUCUUCCGGGGACCUCACCGUCCUGCACGUUUUGAAGCUGUUGGCCCAUGGCUUUGGGAUCUGGCCGGCAACUUCCAGGAGAACUGGUAAUCCCCACCCCCUGGGGGACGCAGGACCUCUUCCUGCCUCGUGGGCACUUUCAGAGCUGUUUGUGCAAUUGGAGGGUUUGUGGUCAGAGGGACACUAUGUGUGGGGGGAAGCAGCUGCGAUUCUCUCGACAGCAGCAGAACACUCCCUGCCUCCCACACAGCGCCCUGCGGCCCCGGGGUUGGGGGUGGAGGGUGGAUGCUGGGAGGGUGGGCCUGAGGCACCCGCCCAGGGCAGCCACGUAGGAUAGGAGACCUUUGCAAGGGGCUGGGUGUGGCCACCCGGGAAGAGUCCCAGCCCUGAGCAUCCCAGGGGGAGGCCUGGGGUGAGAGGAGGCGAGGUGGUUGCUGACCCCUACCCCCAUAGCCACCCCAGAAGGCCAGUACUCGUGGGGGUGGGUGGGGGUCCUUUCCUUUCCUCAAAACCCCAGUUUUGAAUGUAGAGAGACCAGCUGGUACCUUUUCUUGUGCUGUGGGGUGGGAUGAGGAGAAUGCUCCCGCAUUCUUGUUCCCGUGGCCCCUGCUCUUAGGAUGGUGAUCCCUUGCCAGUCCUCUCCUCCUGCUCCGGGGAAGGCGCUGUGCUCCUGUAAGGUGGUUUGCCUUUCGCUUUGUAAGUGGCCGGGCAUGGUUGCCGGGUCUCAGCACAAGAACGCUUCCUUUGCACAGAAUGAGCUUUGGGCUUUGUUCAGACUAAAUGAAUGUAUUUGGGGAGGGGUUGGGGGCACGAAGUGACUGCAAGCACAUGCCUUUUCUCAGUGUGUGUGUGCUGGGGAGAGUUUGAGUGGAUGCAGAGUGCAGUUUUAUUUUUGUACUGAUAUUGGUGAGAGACUGUAUAGCAUCUAUUUAUUUAGAUGACUUACCUGGUAAAUGAGGCAAAAAAUUAUUAAAAAUGCAUUAAAGAUGAUUUAAGAAAAAAAGAAAAAGCUCUCUGGCCUUUGAUCAUUCCUUCUGAUGGGGUGCAGCUGUGUCGAGGAAAGAGCCCUAGGGGAUCGAGGUCCCAGGCUUGCCAGUUACUGACCAUGACCUUGGACUAUUGAGUGUUCUGAGUCCUCCAGGCACACAGUGAGGAUUAACGGAAGGUGGAUUCAGAGCUAGAAACUAGAGUAUGGACGGAUGGAGGCAGGUGGUUUCAGAGGUAGAAAACUAGAGUGGGUACGGAUGGAGGCUUGCCAGUGUGGUCCUUGCAGGGUCAGAGGUGGGCAGUGCUUCUGCUCUCUCCAACCUUUUCUCCACUUCCUCCCUGAGUAUUCUUUCUGGAACCUAGAGGGAGGUCCCUGCAGUUCCAGGUUCUGAAACCCAGGGCUGUCCUGGGCAAACUCUCACUCACUGUUCUGUUCAGCCCAGCUCAGCACCCCUGUCUGAACUCCCUGAGUGGUGGUCAGAGCAGAAGGAGCGGGAGGCAGGAGAGGCCUCCAGGCCCACCUGCAUGUGGUUCCUCCUCCCUGGCUGUGGUGCAGAGACUGGGUGAGAGGAGUUGAGGGUUCCAGACGGUCCACUCCGUGCAGGACCCCACUCUGCUCACUCUACACAACAAAUCCACCCUGUCACUGAAUCGCCACAAAAAGUGGCCAGUUACAAUCUCUAUAAAAGACUUCAUCACUGAUGGUUGGUGGAACAAACCACAGUCCUUGGUGCUGCGGCUGGUCCCCAGCUGUAAUUGAAGCCCACUGGCUCCCUCCCAGCCAGCAUUUCCACUGGUCUAGGUAGUUGGUCUGGUAGGGGACCCGGACUUCCAUCCAUGAAGAGUCUGAGCCUUUGUUGACUUGUCCUUAUCUGGUUGGACUGAGGUUGCUGCAGGUGCCUGUUGACAAUCACCACUGGGCACAGAAGCACCAAGAGAUGCCUCAGUGACUACCCCAAGUUCCUGACAAACUCCUCUCUGCCCGCAUUAUAUGGCAGCAAUUCCAGCAUCUCAUGGUAAUCAAGGGUUCACUUAUUAACCUCACCAAUUUAAUUAUGUAGUAUAAAUAGUUUUUCUGGUGCAAACUUUGCCUCCCUUGCUUGUUACUUGUUUCUCCUUUGUUCCCAUGGGAACAAUGAAAUGCCUAACUGAUCAUCAAUUUUCUAGGAACGGGGAGUAUUUAAAGCACAGAGCAUGAUUGGGGCACAAGACUGACAGCGCUCAUCAAAACUUAGUCUUGUGACCAUUGAGAGAAAGGUCUUUGGGCACAGACCAUAAGGCAGGACUUCAGAAAAAUGAAUAUACAUUCCUGUGGAUACCUCCCAAGUCUUAGAUUUACUUUCCCUCUGGCAGUGUGCCUGCUUUGUUCUUGGCCUGUAUAUUCUGCUAUUAAACCUCCCUGUUAGUGAAGAUACACCUGGGUCCAACUGCCGCCUUGGACCACAUCUCUGUAAGCCACCUUCCUGCAAUAAGGAAUUGUGUGAACUCCCUGUGUCUCCCAGAAGCAUUCUUUGGGCCUCUCAGUAGGGGUGUUAGCAAUCUAGAACCAGAUACGGUAUCCUUGCAGCAACAAUUGGCAAGCCAGCCAGGAGCCUGAGGACAUGAAGAAGGCAUGGGUAAGUCAAGAAGUAGAGGUUCCAUGGGGGAAAUCCUGGGGUGGUCUACAACUUCUUCAUGUUGAUUAGGUUGGAAUCUUUGUAUUAGGUUGUUUCCAUGAAGAUGUGGCCCACCCAACUGUGGGUAAUACCUUUGAUUAGAUUAUUUCCAUGGAGGCA